UCAUUUUCAUUGAUAAGGAAGAAAAUAGUUCAUUAUACUGGGUUUGAUCAGAGAAAACAAGCAAAUGCUGCAUUCCUCAUAGGCUCCUACGCAAUAAUAUACCUGAGACAAUCCCCAGAAGAUGUGUAUAGGCUUAUAUUGGCAGGAGGUGUUUCGUGUCUUCCUUUCAGGGAUGCUUCCUUUGGUACUUGCCGUUUUCAUCUGACACUGCUGGACUGUUUUCAUGCAAUAAACAAGGCUUUGCAGUUUGGUUUCCUGGAUUUCAAUACGUUUGAUGUAAAUGAAUAUGAGCAUUAUGAAAGAGCAGAAAAUGGAGAUUUUAACUGGAUAAUACCAAACAAAUUCAUUGCCUUCAGUGGACCUCAUUCAAGAAGUAAAAUUGAAACUGGCUAUCCUCACCAUGCUCCAGAGGCUUAUUUCCCAUACUUCAGGAGACAUAAGGUCACCACUAUAAUACGCCUCAACAGAAAAGUGUAUGAUGCCAAACGAUUUACAGAUGCUGGAUUUGAGCAUUUUGACCUCUUCUUUGCUGAUGGAAGCACACCUAGUGAUACUAUAGUUAAAAAAUUUCUGAAUAUUUGUGAAAAUGCUGAAGGUGUUAUAGCCGUUCAUUGCAAAGCUGGUCUUGGACGAACUGGCACACUUAUUGCCUGUUAUAUUAUGAAGCAUUAUCAGAUGACAGCUGCUGAAACUAUUGCCUGGAUUAGAAUAAAUAGACCUGGUUCAGUGAUUGGGCCACAGCAGUGCUUCCUGAUGGACAAACAGGCAGAACUUUGGAGAGAAGGAGAUAUUUUCCGUGCAAAGUUGAGAGGAAACCAUAAAAUUGCUGUAACAGGCAUUCUGUCAGGAGUAGAUGAUAUUUCAAUUAAUGACACAAGAAACAGGAGAACCAUCCGAAAAGACAUUGAACUGUACAGUGAUGAAGAUGAAACAAACUGUGUAACACAAGGUGAUAAGCUUCGUGCUCUGAAAAGUAGAAGGCUGGCAAAAGCACCAACUGCAUCUCCGCUAACGUAA